AUGUCGACCCUAACUCGAGCCUUCACCAAGCGCCACAAGCGUCCCGAGGUCUCUGCGCCAAUGCCCUAUCGCGAAGGUCAGGUCAAGUUCACUGCGGGGACUAUUAAGCGGGGAAAGAUCUCUGGACCAGUCGAGUUAAUCUCUACAACGAACAUGUUGGCCUACAAUGCGCCCGACCUUCACUCGGCUGUCUCGUCAUCUUCUUCUUCACUGCAGUCUCCCGACGACUCCGAGCUGUCUUUCUCUCAGAGAAGCUUUGGCUCUCCCAUCACAACUCCAGACGAUUCACCGGUUGAGCCGAACCCAUUGUCGUCAUAUUUCCCGAAGCGAUCCGCAACAGUGACUAGCCAUCCUCGGUCGUCAACCUCGACCACCUCGUCGACAGAUGCACCCUUGGUUCCCAAACGUGCUCUAUCGCAUACGAAACGGUCCCACCAAGAGUUGGCUCGCCAGCGUUCCUUGUCACGGUUGUCCCCGCCACCAUUGAACUCCAUGCGCAGCAGCCCCUCCAUCCGAACGACCCAAGAUUUUUUCAAAUCGGAGCCCCAUCCGUUCGGAAAGGAGUUGGAGCAGGUCAACGAAGUGGCAGAGGAGUUCAAUAGUGGCGCUAAUCGCGUGCUUGACGAGGAGGAGAUGAUCUUGCUCAACAAAGGAUUGAGGAAAUUUACAGCGAACGACUAUCUUGUCGAGAUAGAGGAACUCUAUGGGAGCAUCUUCGACGAUCAUCUCGGGCCGGUAGCCACUGGGUCUUGGCUUUGA